AUAAUCUGGGGAAAGAGGAAGCUGACAUUUGGCUAAUGGCAGACGUGGAUUGUGUUGUGCAAACUACAGCUGGACUCGGGACAUGCUUAACUGUGCAGCUACAGAUGCAGCUGCACAAUCGCCCAACAGUUAAGCCUGUACCAUUCUCUGCCUCUCACAUCUGACCAUCUGCUAGGGAAAAGCUAAUUAAACCAAAACGAUUCUUGCUGGGAUUAAACCCCAGCAGCAGAGAGAAUUGAGUAUAGUACAAAUAUUGUUCUUCUACUGCUGGAUCAGGGGUCCUGCUUUAUUUGUACUUAUAAGGAAUUUAAGGCUAUUCAACUCAAUUGCUCUCAGAAACUGUUGACCAGAUGCUGCUGGAUGCUGACAGGGGAAAGCUGAUUCAGAGACAGACGACCAGAAAUGUUUGGACACGUCGUCAUUUUGGAUCUGGCAUCUGAGUGACUGUCCUUGCUUCAUGAAGUUUUUCGUUUGACCCCAGGCUGGUAACCCCCUUUUGGAGCCACGCAGGUGGGAGGAUGUCAAGCACAGCUCCAUCAAAGAAGCCUUACCGCAAGGCACCUCCACAGCAUCGUGAGAUCCGCCAUGAGGUACCCAUCAUUCGAGAUGACCAGGAUGGAGUGAUCUUGGCUGAGCAAAGUCAGGAACCCUUGACGGAUGCAGAAAGGAUGAAGCUACUGCAACAUGAGAAUGAAGAGCUUCGACGUCGACUGACAUAUGUGACUAACAAAAUGGAGGCCAUGGAGAGAGAGCUGGAAUCAGGUCAGGACUAUCUGGAGAUGGAGCUGGGCCAGAACCGUGAGGAGCUGGAGAAGUUCAAGGACAAAUUCCGUAGAUUGCAGAACAGCUACACUGCUUCCCAGAGAACCAACCAAGACCUGGAGGAGAAGCUGCAUGCCCUGGCCUCUCUCAGCCAAAGCUGGAUUUUUGCAAUUAAAAAGGCAGAGAUGGACCGCAAGACACUGGACUGGGAAAUUGUAGAGCUCACUAACAAAUUGCUUGAUGCCAAAACCACCAUCAAUAAGCUGGAAGAACUCAAUGAACGCUAUCGACAGGACUGUAACCUUGCAGUACAGCUUCUCAAGUGUAACAAGUCCCACUUCAGGAACCACAAGUUUGCUGAUCUUCCCUAUGAGCUGCAGGACAUGGUCAAUAAGCAUUUGCAUAGCACUCAGGAGUCUGCAGGCCCUGGUCAAGAGGCAACCCACACCUUGGCUCCAUCUGAUGUUGUGCCCACCUCAGUCAUUGCCAGAGUCUUGGAGAAACCAGAAUCUCUGGUUCUGAAUUCAGCCAAGUCUAGCAGUGGCAGCUGUCCCAUGGCUGAGGAUGUCUUUGUGCAUGUGGACAUGAGUGGAGCCCCUCCUGAUGCCUGCAACAGCACAGGGCAGAUGGGGAAGGAGGGAGGAGAUGCGGGGAAACAGCAGAAUGGUGGCUGCAAGCCACAGAGCAGUGUGGAAAGGGAAAGUGUGCCAGAGGAGGUGCCUGCCUUUGAGAAGCUAAGCCCAUACCCUACACCCUCGCCUCCCCAUCCUAUGUACCCUGGGCGCAAAGUGAUUGAGUUUUCUGAGGACAAGGUAAGGAUCCCAAAGAACAGCCCCCUGCCCAACUGCACGUAUGCUACGCGCCAGGCCAUCUCCCUCAGCCUGGUACAGAGUGAAGACGAGAGCUGCGACAGGCACCGGACGCUCCCCAGCAGCCCUGCUUCAGAAGGGCACCAUUCAGCCUCCAGUUGUUCCUGUCAGCAGUCCCCCAAAGCAGCCAGAGCUCAUGGCUCUUCCCAGAGCAGCCCGUUCAGCAGCCCUCCCCAGAUCCCCAGCGCCUUUGCCAGCUCUGCCAGCUCUGAGGAGGACCUGCUGGCCAACUGGCAGCGUAUGUUUGUGGACAAGGCACCCCCCACCUCAGAGCGGGUGCUGAUGAACCGCACGGCUUUCGGCCGUGACACGGUCCCUGAGCUCCAGAAGAGAUUCAGCCGCUCCAUGCAGGAGCUGGGUAGGGCAGCCUCUGCUUACUCAGAUGGUGAGGAGAGCUGCAGCUGGACUGUGAGCCGGGACUCAAGCGUGGACACAGACAGCACCGAGUCCAGAGCCCGUAGGAGCCAUUUUUCCUCGGACUAUGGUACAGAUUUCUCACAGGAUGAAGCCCAGAAGCUGUUGCAGGAAAGUGGUGGAGGCACUGCUGAGCUUGGAAGCCCUUCACCAGAGAAGCAGAAGGACUAUGUGGACCUCAAUUUGCCUGAGAGCCCAGCUGAGGAGAGAGAAAUGCUGCUGCAGGGAAGCAAGGAGAGCAACCAAGAGGAAAGUGAAAGCAGGGUCAAGCCUGCCUUCAGUCGGCCACACCGCAGUCCCAAGAGGAUGGGGGUCCACCACUUACAUCGCAAGGACAGUCUGACACAGGCCCAGGAGCAGGGCAACCUUCUGAGCUGAGGCAGGGCAAGAAGCAGCCAUAUGCUGCAGAGCUGUGGGAUGUCUACAUCUGUCCAUCUUCUGAGUGGGAAACUUCCCUUAGUACCCUCCUCUCUAGGGGGCUCAGCUCUGAAAUUUCAUAUUUAUUUUCUUCUUUUGCUACCUAGAAGAGCUGGGGUCCCCCUUCCCCAGCACCUCAGUCCCACAUUACUAGUACACAACAAUGUGCAGAAGCACAUCUACUGCCCUGGCACACCCACAGCUCUCUUCACAGCCUCACACUGGUGCCUGUACCAGAGCUUGUUCUUGGUACCCCUUGUCCUGGUGCCUGUGCCUCUUUAGGCUUGCAUCUUCCUUCCCUUUUCCCAUUCAGGUACCUGAGGCCCUGGGUGCUCUCAUGCUGGCUGCCUGCAGCUGCUCUGCUCUCUUUUAACUUGUGCCAACAGGGCAGAAUGCCUGUGUGGUGGUGUCUCAUUGCCUGGGAAUCCCCAGGGGCCAGGAGUGGGGCACAAGGACUCUCCCAGUGGAUGGCUGUGUGCUCCUGGGGAUGUGUUGGGAUUGUUGCUAGCUCAUUUUCCUGCUGGGUUUUGUAUUCCCCAGCUGCCCUCUGGGUGAUCCUCAAGAAUCUGCUUCAGGUCCACAUCACUUGUCUCCUGUGUUGGGUGCAGCCCCCAGCCCGCUUUGAGGCAAUGUACAGGUGCUGCUACUGUGGCAUCGGUGCUGCCUGCUGAGGUGGUUCUGGGAGGCACUGCCUGCUAGGCACUGGGGUUUGUGUUUGUGUGUCUCCUCCCUCACACCUCUGCCUCCACUCUCUGUGCUAUUGUUUGUUUGAACGGUGCUGAUGCUUUGCUCUUGGGUGGGCUUCUUUCUUCUUUCCAAGCCUUUGGUUUUGGGGAUGUAUUGUUUUUCUUUCUCCCCGCCCUGCAUAAACAGACACAGCUGUUGGCAGCUGGUCUGAUGCCUGUGUUGUGGGUGUGUUUGAGGAGGGUUAGCUCUCAGAGCUGCGCUUCCCUCUGAUCCUGGCCUCUAGCCUGCAGAAACCCCUCCAGGCUAAAGAACAAGGUUUUGCCCCAUGUGAGCGAAGCAUGAAAGACACUACUGCGCUUUUCUCGGCAGGGCUCAGCGCAGAGCUGGCAGGGGUGCAAGGGCAGCAUGCUGAGGAGCUGUUCCCUGUAGACAUACUACCUCAUGGCACUGCAGCAGCCCUUUCCAGGGUCUCCUCACAUGUCCCCUUCUUCUGGGUCUCCCCUUCUGGGUAGGACCUCCCUGCCUCUUUUUCCUAGUGUAGCGUGAUAUGUUGUGACUUUUCUUCUCAGUCUUGUGUGCUUGGUGUCUUAUUUGGGGGAGGUUGGGUGGGGGGAGGGAAGGGGAGAGGUCUGUAGAUGUAGGUAUUUUUUGAGGGCUUGCAAAGCCCAGGCAUCCUGUUUUAAUUUUGUCCUGUGCCCUCAUAUGUCUGAUGUUUCUUGGCUUCCCCAGGGGUGUGAGGGAGAGACUAGUCUGGUUCCCUGCACCGUGCCUCCCUCAAACCCCACUGGCUGUCCUCAGCCUGCUCUCUGGUUUAUGAUUUGGGUUUGUGUUGUCCUCCCACCCUAUUCAAUGAGGGCUUUUCACUGGGCUGUAGGAGAGCGGUCCUCUGUCCAAGAAAGAGCUCCCAUUCAUAUGGUUACAGCAAGAUUUGCAGCCAAGACCUGCUUGGGACUCAGCUCCUCUCCCCAGACCUCUCUCUCUGCAAAGGGUGGGUAGCUUGCAUCUGAGGCCAGUUGGGACUUCAGCUCAAGCCUGGAGGCUCCAGGGCCUAUGCAGGAGCUGCAGGCCUCAGUGGCAGCUGCAUAGGUUGCUUUAUGUACCCAAGGUAGAGCUGCUGCCUAUAUGAUCACCUUGUUUCCCACCCUGAACAGUUGUGGAGAUGGAUGCCACCCUCUGGCAGGGUGGUGGGACUCAGUAUUUCAGUACAGUAUUUCGCUUGAUACCUGUGCAAACAGGCAGGUGCUGAGAGCGGGAGCCCCUCUGAGCCUUCAGGAUGUUCCUCUCAGCUGUCCUGAACAUGGUGGUGAAGUCCUUGUGUUUGCUUUCAUCAGCCACUCCACUGCAGCAUUUCUUCUGUUCUUCUGCAGUAUUGCCAAGGGCUUACACCUGCAGCAGCUGUCAGCUACUGCCUCACAGGCAUCACCUGGGAUUGGGUGCUCACUGAGUGAGCUCCUCUGGCUCUGAGGCCACUGGUGGCCCACCUGUAGGACAGCACACCACUUGGACAGUGUGAGAGACUCUGCCCCUUCAGGGCUCCGCCUCAUCUCCCCUGAAUCCUGACAUGAUGGUCAGUGGACAAAACCCAGUCUUGCUGAAGCAAGGCAAUGACAGUGCUGGGCAGAGCCAGCCUCAAUGCUGCUUUUUGUCAAGGUAGACUUAAAAACAGUGGAGAAACAGAGGAGUGACACAAGGGAGCCCAGUGCCUGUCACCAGAUGUUUCUGCUUUGCAGCAUUAGGUUAAUGGCAGGGGUUGAGGGGGAGCAGUGACCUCAACAGCAGAGCUCUCUCCCAGCAGGGCAUGGUCCCUGCCCUCUGCACUCCUGCUCACCUCUAGCAGUAUUGACUCUGGAGCUUUGAGCUGACCCCACCUUCAGUAUCCCAACUCCAGACUGUUAAUCUGUAACUAAUGUGUGGGGGGUUUUCUGAAAUUUUGAAACCAAUGUAUAUUUUAAGACCAGAAAUAAACUAUUUUAAAAGUAAGUGUCGAUGGUUAUAGUGUUUUCUCUCUUGGUUAGAACCUGGCCUGGACUGAUGCUGAGCAUCUGAGGGGGCAGAGCCUCUCUUGGUAGUGUCCCAGAUUUGCUGAACUGUGAGUGCUGCCCAUUAGGUGUCCCAGGGAGAACAAUCCUGCAUCGUGUGGGUUUUCCAGGAGGCUGUGAAUUCACUGCUUAGUCUGAGUGCCCACUUAAGCUGCAGCCUGGCUCAAGGUGCUUGAGCAACUGGAGAGGAGAUGCAGUCCCAGGCAAG